UCAGUCACCUGGUCCACCCGCAGCCUCCGUCUGGGACAACUCUUCACACGUCAUGAGCGCGCUCACACUGUGUCUCGCCGCUGCUCUGGUGGCCUCCGCGGUCGCGGAGCCUCCUAGCGGCUACAGCUACGGCCGGCCGUCCGGGGGCGGCGGCGGCGGCGGCAUCGGCGGCGGCGGCAACUACAUCGAAGUGAGCUCGGGCUACUCCAGCAACGAGGGCUCGUACGUGGACCCGCAGCUGCUGGAGAAGAUCCGCGCCAUCAUCCUGAAGGAGGAGUCAGCGGCCGGGCCCUCGUACGUCGGCGGCAGCGGCGGCGGCGGCGGCGGCGGCCACCCGUCCUCGCAGUACGGCGCGCCGUCCCCGCAGUACGGCGUCCCCGGCUACUACACCCGCGUCGUGGGCGUCGACCUCGAAGGCAUCCGCCAGGCCAUCCAGGUGGCGCAGUACCAGCAGACGUCGUACGCCGCCGGCGGCGGCGGCUACCCCGCGGCCACGUACGCGGCGCCUUCCUCGUCGUACGGCGCUCCGUCCAGCUCCUACGGCAGCCCCUACUGAGCCCCCUCGCCCUCCCCCCAAGGACUGAGUGGUGCGUAGCGCCGGCCACAGUGUGAGUCUCGCCAGUGCUCUGUUCCACGACCACCCCCCUGUUCCUCCUCCCCCCCACCCCCACAAGACUGUCGCCCCGGCCCCAUCACACCCUGACAUCUCUCGACCCGGGGCGAGCGCACCCACAACAACUGGUGCGCGUGUCUGAUGCGACACACUCUUUUCUACAACUUAUUUUGUAUAAAGCUCUUUUUAUAGAAAAAUGCCAGAAAAAAUUAUAAAAAAGAAAAAAAUACAUUCGCCACCGUAAGAAACACAAACA